CGGGGCCAGAAUAUCAUCCGUUUUGAAUACCUUGAGAGAGAUGAGAGCCGCUACAAUAUGGAGUGUUCUAGCCAUAUGCCUGAUAAGCAUAAUUUUGACAACGGGACAAUCCACUACAGGGACCAGCAGCAGCUCUAGCACCACCACCACCACCACCACCACCACCACCACCACCACCACUUCAAGCCCCGCGAGCUCCUCUUCAAGCACUCCCACUUCAACCAGUGCAACUCCCAGCUCAAGCUCUGAAACAUCUUCCACAAGCCCCUCUAGCCCCAGUAGCAGCAGCAGCAGCAAUAACAGCGCCGCAGCCAGAAGGAGGCAAGCCAGGCGACGUCGCCAGCGGGCUGCCCGAAGGCGCAGGCAGCGGGCUGCCAGAAGGAGGAGGAACAGGAGGAACAACCGGUCUGGUUAA